AUUUAAAAAUGGGGUGUCUGUAUAGCAGAACAGACAACAUAGAGAUACAUCCUAACGUAUUUCGUGUAGUAAAUAUAGAUGAGUCAGGCAGAGAUCUAUGGUCCGGGAAAUUGGAGAUCACAGAGUCUGACAUAAUCCUGUACAGGGAAGGAAGAGACUCUACUGUAUGGCCUCUGCAUUCUCUUAGGAGAUAUGGUUUUGAAAAGAAAAUAUUUAGUUUUGAAUCAGGCCGAAGAUGUGAAACUGGUGAAGGGAUAUAUGCAUUUCGUUGUCAAAGAGCUGCCAUGCUAUUCCGGACUCUACAACAGCAGAUACAAUUACGCAAUGUAGUUCAUGAUUCACUUAAUUAUCCGUUGCCCCAACCCACACCAUCUCCUACAAUGGGUCAUGCUGUAGUGCAGCGUUUGUCUGUUGAUAAUGGGCAGUCUAUGACUAAUGAAAACAAUCUUGCUGCUGCUAUGCAAAAUGGAGUCCCCCCACCCACAACACAAUCUCCAAGGUCUCCAUCCAGUACUGAGAUACUUGAAGUUAUGGCACUAAACCCAAAUAGACAAGCUAAUGGAAACCACGUCACAAAUGUAUACCACCUCAGAAAUUUCAAAAGAGAACAUAACAACAACCAAUCAGAAGGUGGUGCUGAAACACAGCACGUAUACUGUAAUGAUCUUAAUAGAGAUUUAGCCAUAUUGAGGCAAAACUUGCGUCAAGAAGCUGCAUUGAACACUAUGAGAGAUAUUGAAUAUGAAACACGAUUUCUUGAAAGUAGGUACAUAAAUGAAAGCAUUCCUAAGAACAAAGAAGCUACUUUAUCACCCACACUGAGUAAUAACAGUGAGCAUUACGCGCAACUCAGUAUAGAACAGCAACAACAACAACAAGAAUUAAGGUUGUAUAUGAACAUUCCACAAUCAGGAGAAAUUGCUUCUACUAUGAAAGCAGAUGUUUUGAAUGACGGUCCUUCAACCCCUUUGACGCCAAAACAAGUCGAGUAUUGCAAUUUGAGUCUGGCAAUGAGAGCAGAACUUAAUACUUAUGCCAACUUAUCAUUGGGAGACAAGGCCGAGACUAUAAAGAAUACUAAACAAAAAUGUUUGGAAUCUAAUGCAUCCAUAUGCUUAUCGCCUACAGAGGAAUUGGUCAACUAUGCAGUACUAGACAUAGACACAAAUAAGGAAUUGGUUUCAGCACCUAGAGAUCUAGUGUCACCCGAGAGCCAGUCGUGUAAUAGUUCAAGGAAUGAGAGUACUGCAUCAUAUUCUUCCCAAUCACGCGGCCGCCUCGUAUCACAAAGUAGCUUAGAAAAACCACCAGUAACAAGUAGUUCUACUGCGACACCCUUAGCCAGUAUAGGUUAUACCACCAUUGAUUUCGAUAAAACUGUCGCCCUGACGUCAGUGGCGGCCGCAACAGAUGUCCCACGGAAACAGAGGCAUAACUCGUCUAAUGUAACCUGUUCAAGCCCUAGUGCUACAGACAAGAGUAAGUCAAAUAACUAAGGUACAAAGUGCAAAACCAAAAUGAUAAUUAAACCAAAUGAAGAAAAGCAUAUUUCUUGACUCCUAAAUACUCGCUUUUCAGUCUUUUCUUAGUACAUUCUAGAUAUUUAGUACAUAUUGAUUGGUGUUUAGAAAUAUGUGUGAUAGUUCUAGAUGCUGUUAACCAAUGAUGAGCAUUUACAUUGUCUUAUUAAGGGGAGGAGUCUAAUACAGACCAUGAGGGUGAAUGCGCAGUUGGUUAGCCUGCACAUGUCGUGUCUUAUGUGAUAACAUAUCAGCUUCGCGCGCUGUAUUGCAUUUUGACAGCAGCGAAUCUGAUGACCACAUCCCCAUUGCUGCUGAAAUUAAGCCUCAACUGGAAGGUUAAUAGUGCAAUACUUUUGGUCUGAGCUAUAACGCUUUCACCUUCAUGUAGAUUAUUCCAAUCGAUAUAUUUAUUUUCUUGAGUUGUUAUUAUGACAGGUUGUAGUAUAUAUCACGAAGUAAGUAUAAAUAUGUUUUUAGAACUGGGAUAGUGAUUAUUUGUAAAAAUGUACAAAAUAUAAAUGGUGCCAAAGAUAGAUAGAAUAAAUACAAUUUUAAUUUAUUGAUGUCAUACCUGUUAUGAUUUAAGUUAUCCUUUACAACAUGUAUGUACUGUAUUCAAAAAGAUUCAGUGUGCAUUAGAAAUAAGUCUGUAAAUAUUAUUAUAAGCGUGUAUGCAUAUGUACGAAUAAGUUCACAUAAGUUUAUUGAGUUUGUAUUUACCUCCUAGGUUAUGGAAACACCAAAGUAGUUUAAAAAAAUAAAAUUAAGAUUCUGUUGUACACUCGUGAUAGGCGAUGCAUUAAUUAAUUUUGGAGGCCGAUUUUUUAUUCUCAAUUCAUCUUUACGAUUAUUCAUAACGAUUCAAAAAUAAAUCUUCUAACUCAGUUUAUUAUCUCCUUAUAUUUGUAUAACGAUCGCAUCAACGAAUUAACCAAACGAGAAAGCUUUAAUUUUGUAUAUUUUAAUGGAAAUAGCGAUUGGGUGUAACACUUUUAAAGUUUCAUGACCAUCAUACGCCAACCCAUUAUACGCCCCAUUGGACGGGUCUCCUGUAAGCAGAGGAUACCCUUAAUUAAUGUGAUAGAACAAACAAUUAAUAUCAUCAAAGGAGAAAUGUUACUGUUAUCAAUGAUAGUCCAUAUGUAUAAAGUUAGUUAUUGUAUCACUGUGAUUGUGAUUUAAAAACAUGUCAUGGUUCCGUAAUGACGUGACGUGAAAUUAAAGCCCUGUGAAUAGCCAGUUUAAAUUAUCUACUGCAUUAUGUCAAUGACUGCAGUAUUAAUUUUCUGAAUAAACAGUAGAUAAAUUAAGACUCAUAUAAGAAUAUCGCACACGAAACCAGAUACUUUUGUAACUCAAAAGUAACGGAAUUGAGAAAACACGGUUUGAAAAUUAAACCAGAAUACAGAAUGAAUCUUAUUGCGAAUAAUGGUGUUAUUUUUAUUUGCUCAUAAUUAGUUAUCCAUUUAUAAACGAGAAUACAAAAUUUAUUGGCUUAUUUCAGUAAUUUCUUGAACUU